ACAAUGCAUAAUAGCAACGGUAAUUUCUCCGUUGGCCGUCAGAAUAAGGAGAAACGUUUUUCCAUUCAUGAUGCCUUCGAAGAAGAGACCGAUGAGGCUAUACGGGUGUACGGAUCCACAGUUAUAUCGACACCAAUGCGUUCCAAGCAACGUUCAACCGAUGAUGUAUCCAUACGCAUCCAAGAUCCAAAGGGCUACAACAAAUAUACCGAAGAUACCACAUCACGUGACAGUGAUUCCCUAAUACAAGAAUAUGGCAACAUCUCCACAGACGAAGUUAGCACAUAUUGUUGGCGGCAUCCAAAGGUACGAGAAAAUUGGCGCACUGUCUUGGCCGCUGUUACCCUACUCAUUGUUGGCACUGGACUUUUUGUGAUGGGCACAUUUGCCGUGGCCGAUCCAGCGAAUACAUCACAGGGUGUUGUAUUCUUUGUGGCGGGUCUAAUAUGUUUUAUACCCGGUGCCUAUCAUGUGGUCUAUAUAUGGCUGGCGGCAAAGGGUUAUCGAGGGUUUGAUUUCUAUCAUUUGCCAUUGUUUACAUAAAAACAGUUUUCAAAUGUAACAGAAAA